CUGUUUGACAAUGAUGAUUGUCAACUAUGAUUGUCAAAUAUAAAUUUUCUAGGUUACAGUAGAAAAAUAAACUAGCCAUUUCUUGAUUUUUUAUACCAAGAAUUAAGAAUUACAUACGACUUUAUUAAGGAUUACUAAUUCGCAUAAUGCUAUACUUAUUUAGUAGUUAUGCGACAUAAAUAUUAUUAAGGGCAACAAAAUAUUCAUCAAAACAAAUGGAGAACGGGAAGAAUUUUCAGCUUGAUGAAGACCAGCAUGAACAGCUGAAUUAUUUGGAAAUGGAGAAGAAAAAAAUGACUGAUGAAUUUAAUAGUCAAAGGGCAAAGAUGAAGGAAUUAUUUUUACAAAAAGAAGGGGAAUUAUUGAAGAAAAUUGAAGAAAAUAACAUUUUAGUUGAUCAGAUUACAAAACUGAAAAAUGAAUUAGAUGAUACAAAGAGUCAGCUUGUUGUAGAUAGCAUCAGGUUGGAAUCUGAUUUUGAAGUGGAAAAAAGAAAAGCGGAAGAAGAAAUUGCAUCCUUACAAAGGCUUGUUCAUGAAACUAUAGAAGAAUCGAGUUCUACUAGAAGUUUAUAUGAUCAAGAGCUUACUAAGUUACAGUCAUAUAUUCAGUAUUUACAAAAAGAGAUUGAACAUUUAAAAAUAGAAAAUAGUCAGUAUCAGCAACAAAAUACAAAUCAGGAACACAGUUUAGCUCCAAGUGUAGUAAUAAAUGCUUGUAAAGGAUUUGCAAAGAAACUAGGUGCAGAUGCAUUUGGUUCUUCAGAUGAGAAGAAUACUGAAAAAACCCAAGAAGAUGUGGAAUUAUUAAGAUCAUUGGUUGAACCUUUAGAAGAUCAAAUAAAAGCUCUUAAAGAAAAACUUAGAGCAACUGACGAGCAAUUACAAAAAUGUAAAGAAUGUAGUCAUUUAAUAAUGGAACCUGGUAGAAGUACCGUUCAAACAUCAGAAAGGAUGAUCUUACAUAAUACUUCCACUAACACAUCUUUUGAUAUGCAAAAGAGUGAUAAUUUAAUAUGUGAUAUGUGCAGUAAUUAUGAAACUCAAUUGGUUAAAGAGCAACAAAAUGUAGCAGAGCUAAAAAAUAAAUUACAAAAAGCUGAAAAGGCGGCAGAAAGGCACAAAGAGGAGUUAAUAAAAGAGAUUGGUUUUAGAAAAGAAAUGGAAGAGAAGUGGAGUGAAAAACGAGAAGAACAUAAACAGCAAGUUGCAGAACUGACAAAAAUCACAGAUUGCACUGAACAAGACUUGAAAGAACUGAAGCAGUAUUUUAAUGAGGCAACUAAGGAAAUAAAAACUGAACUCUCAAAAUUAACCAAAGAAAGGGAAAGAAUAUAUCAAGAAUUAGACAAGUUACAAAAAGAAAAUGAGCAUUUAGUAGGGAAAUAUACAAUUCAUUCUCAACAAUUACAAAGUGAAGUUAUAAAUUUACCAAAUACUGUUGAAGAACUUCAUGAAUUGGUACUUAAGAAUCACCAAGAUCUGAUAAUAGCAAAAAUAGGCAAAGAACAAGCAGAAGAAAAGGUAAACAAUUUAGAAUCGAGCUUUUUACUCCUUCGAGAUCAAAUGGAACUUAACAUCCAGGAAAGACAGGCAAUAGAACAUUCUUUAGAGCAAGAGAUUAAGAACUUAAGUAGACAUGCUGAUAAACUGGAGAGAGAACGACGAGAAUUUGUGGCUAAAAACGUAGAUGUAACAGAAAAUGAAGGAAAAAUUAUGGAACUCGAAACUCGUAUUAAAGAACUGGAAAGUGAGAAGGGAGAGUUAAAAACAAGAGUAUAUUCCUUACAACAAGAGCUUCAGACCACUGAAACGGUGCAAAGAGAUUUUGUCAGAUUGUCGCAAAGUUUACAGGUUCAACUUGAGAAAAUUCGGGAAGAAUCGGAUACUCAAGUAAGGUGGCAACACGAAGAGGAUGUAGACGAAUGUCCGAACUGUCGAAAUCAGUUCUCCACUUCCAAAAAGAAGCAGCACUGUAAACAUUGCGGACAGAUUUUUUGUCAGAAUUGUCUUACGCGAUCUGUGCAAUCAGGCCCUAAUUUAAGGCCAUCCAAAGUCUGUGAUGUAUGUCACACAAUGCUAGUCAAAAGUUCAGCUCCUUAUUUUAGUAAAGAACCUCCUAUGACUUGAAUAUGUACACCGUUAAAAUAGAUAUCUUGUUAUUCCUUGUAAAAAGUAUAUGAAAGAAACAAACAUUAAAACAUUUCUUAAUGGUUUAUUUUUUGUUGUCGAAUUCAGGUAAAAUAUAAAAUAACUGUUUUAAAUAAAUAUAUAUUAAAAAUACAUCUUAUCUUAAAAAAUUAAAAAUCAAUAAAUAUU